GUUGGGUAUAUUACCCCGGCCCACUACUGUUCAGAGGCCCAAAGCCUCACCCCGAUACGGAACCCAAUUGGCGAGGCCCAUUUGGGUUCGCCGGCCCAUUUAGGCCCGUUUCGGCCCAUUAGGGCCUUUUCGGCCCGUUAGACUAGAGGGUUUCCCCUCCCCCUUCUAUAAAUAGGAGGCCAAGCCUCCUGAUUAAGGGAUCUCUCUUUUUGGAGCUCUCUCCUCCCUCCCUGCUUAUUUUUCCUUCUUGAUAGAUUAGUUCAUACCUCCAUUAAUGGAGCUCUACCUUUAUACUAUGUAAAUGAGUGAUGGGAGGAUAUUAAUGAGAAAGAGCGGGCUUGGACGUUAGCCUAAAAAGUCCCGUGGUUUUCUCCCUUUCCGGGUUUCCACGUAAAAAUAGCUAGUUCAUACACUUUUAUAUAUUUAUUCACUUUUAUACCGAAUCCAUCGUCCUUAAUAUCCGAAGUUUAUGUUGGGCUUCCGGAUCUACGGGACAAAACCUCAACAUUGGCGCCGUCUGUGGGAAACGAAUUAAAAGAUUUUGUUCGUGUUCUACAAAAAUUUUACAUCAAAGAUGAACUGAUAUAUAGCUGUGGAAUGGGAGUUUAAGAUCUGCUCCAGGCCAGCUAAUUCACUGGUCAACAACGGCGGAAAGCACAACAGCAAAGGAAGACCUCUAGACCCAGUGAAAAAACUUCAGCAACCCUGUCGUGGCUCAAAUCUCUACAUCCAAGGAGAAUUGAGAAAAAUGAUGAGUGGGGCCCGCAUGGCCGUCACUUUCCUUAUCCUGACAACACUUUUUGAUGAUUUGACAGAUUCACGCCGAAUCCCGAACGGGAACUACCGAACGCCAAAGCUAGCAAACCAACAUCCGGAGGAGGACCGGGUUGAGUGCCGAUCACUGUCAUGGGAAAACUGGAGAUAAGGCUUGGGGUCCACAGGUUCACAGGUGUUCACAUGUGAGAAAGGGCAAAUGGCAGAAUAAUGAUGUGAUGGAAGGGCCCCACACCUUUAUCAUCUGGAGAGGAGUCCGAACGGGAAUCCCCUGGACGUUCCUACUCACCGGAGGGUCUCGAUCCAAGCCACAACGAAUCUAGGUAGGGGAGCUUCGAAACUCGACCGAACAGAAUUUUCCAAAACUGGAAGCUCAUCCGACAUCCCCUGCCGAACGAGAAAAGUGCUACACCCCGAGCGGCACGCCCGAAUGACCAAGGCACCAACAGGACCGGUUCAUCUGCCGAUCACAUCUCUCCGCGGCAGAUUCCGUUCGAGCAACAACCGGCCGGCGGCCGGCCAGUCUUCGUUCAAGCGGGGAUAGCAGAUCCCGUUCGGGCCAGUAAGGAACCGCUAGACACGACACCGAGUCUCCGGCCUACCGCCCUCCGGUGCCCGGCUACGCUGCUUCUCCAUACCAUACAACACCUGCCGUUCGGUGCUUUGAAACACUGACGAUCGGAAUCCCGCCGAGGAGUCACCUUCCUGCUUUCUUCUAGCCGCUCCUGCCAUCAGUUCUGGGUGCUGCCCUUCUCGUUCGGCACUAAAGGAAAUGCGGUGGGUGGGGUUUUUGAUACGGCUUAGAAAAAUUAAAGACGAGGGAUUUUCAUUCCUUCUCCCUGAGGUGGAAUUAGAAAGAAUACAUUGGGCCGGGUAUCCUUGCACCAAGGGAACGACUUUGGGCCAUUGUCAGAAAGGCAACAAGUCUCAGCCAAUUUAAGAGCUAAGUACUUCAAACCCCCUGCUCUUGCUUACGAUUAAUUGCUUAAAUAAUAUUACUACUAUCAAUUGUGAAAUCAAUACAAUAGUAUUUAGUAGGGAUUAAAAUAUCCUGAGUUAAAUAAAGCCAAGAGAAGUUGUGGCGAUCUGAUAUUCGUCGUCAUUUAAAAAAUUAAAUGACCAUUUUUGGGUUGGCCUAUCGGCGUGCCCCCGAUCGACGUCCAUUUGACGUCAAGUGCUAGUACAUUAAAAUAUUAAUGACCGGAUAUGGGGUGAAAACGUUCCGAGCAGAAAAAUGCCGAGCGAGGCUUUAAAUAUAAAAUUCACCGUCAUGUUUUAAUUAAAUGAUUGGUUGUAGUGGGGGCUAUUAACUUACCCCGAUCGGCCUUAAUUAGCGGUCGGAGCGUCUAUGGACCCACAUGGUGAGGCCGGACAUCCAUGGAAAAAUUGAAUAAAAUAAUGUAUUAAUAUUUCUAAGCGAUUAUUUGGUUAGUAGGGAUUAGAAUAUCCCGAGUUGAAUAAAAGUUGGGCGAAACUCUAGUAAGGAGUUCACCAACAUUUUAAAUUAAAUGCUUGGGUUGAGUGGCUGAUUGGUCCACUCCCGUUCAGCCCAAAUGAUAUUGACUAAAGCGUCUCGCAAGGGCGUGGCCCGAUGACGUAUUUUGAUUUGAAGACCACUCAAGGUCAUGAUCUUGUUCGGCAUUAAAUGCCCGAACGGCAACUAUACCCAGUACGGGGCGAAGUACGUACUCCGACAAAUAAUUCUAGACCAAGGGUUAUUAUUACCACUUCGGCUGAUAGUCAUAAGGAAACAAAGGAAAAUAUUAUACGUAUUUGAACGUACAUACUUGUAUAUAUAUACUUGUAUAUGUUGUUCGGCCAUACGGCCGUAUGACCGUAUUACCAUGCUGAUUGUGCAGUAAAAUUUGUUCGAUAUGCUCGAACGGGGAAUCAUGAAGCACAAAGAUAUCUAUGAUGCUCGGCAUGAAGCACAGAGACAUUCAUGACCGGCAGAAAAGAAUCACAUUCAUAGGCGUUCGGUCAGCCCGAACGGGGAGAUUGUGAAACACAGAGAUAUUCGAGAUCUGGACACACAAACACACACACACACAAAAAAAAAAAGAAAAAAAAAAGAAGAAGAAAAAAAGGAGUAAAAAAGAAAAAAAAAAAAAAAAAAAAAAAAAAAAAAAAAAAGAGUGAGGUUACUAGUGUGUAGAAGGAAUCAUGAACGAUUGAGAAAAGAAGGGACUACAAAUGUAUAGAUGUCACAACACAUGAAGGGAAGUCCUAUAUGGACUGUACGAUACACGAGCUUUCAGAUUACGCUACCUGACUGGCAAUCCGGCCUCCGCCGUUCGGCACCUAGAGCAACAUUAUGGGCUGAGGGCGCCUGUAAGACCCUCGGAUUUACAGAUCGGCCUCCCAGCGCUGACUUUCCUUUCACCACGACCGAUCUUCCUGGCUCGGCGUGAUGAUCAUUUGGAAGACCGGCCUCAUCUCCGCUCCUCACGGAUGAGGACCGUUGAUUAUUUGUUUCUGAUCGGCCCCCAGCGCCGACAUCAUUACAUGGCCACCGACCCUCUGGUACGGUGCCAUUAUCAUAUUUGAAGACCGGCCUUGUCCCCGCACUGCGCAGAUAAGGACCGUUGCUUGUUCCUUUCCGAUCAGCCCCCGGUGGCGACCUCAUUACAUGGCCACUGACUCCCUGGUACGGUGCCAUUAUCAUAUUUGAAGACCGGCCUUGUCCCCGCACUGCGCAGAUAAGGACCGUUGCUUGUUCCUUUCCGAUCAGCCCCCGGUGGCGACCUCAUUACAUGGCCACCGACCCUCUGGUACGGUGCCAUUAUCAUAUUUGAAGACCGGCCUUGUCCCCGCACUGCGCAGAUAAGGACCGUUGCUUGUUCCUUUCCGAUCAGCCCCCGGUGGCGACCUCAUUACAUGGCCACCGACCCUCUGGUACGGUGCCAUUAUCAUAUUUGAAGACCGGCCUUGUCCCCGCACUGCGCAGAUAAGGACCGUUGCUUGUUCCUUUCCGAUCGGCCUCCAGUGGCGAUCUCAUUACAUGGCCACCGACCCUCUGGUACGGUGCCAUUAUCACAUUUGAAGACCGGCCUUGUCCCCGCACUGCGCGGAUAAGGACCGUUGCUUGAUUUUUAGGUUGGCUUCUCAUUGCCGAUAUCAUCAUAUCACGAUCAGCCUGUCGGCACUACGUGUUUAUCAUCUUUGAAAAGCGGCCUCGUCCCCGCACUGCACGGAUGAGGACCAUUGCUUGACUUUCAGCAUGGCUACAUUUUGUGGACCUCUGCCGCAGUUGUUGCCGCUGUCCUUGAGCAGAGGACGCUCGCAAGACCCUUGGAUUUAUUCAUGUCUUCAUAUCAAUAUAUCAUGAUCAGCCCCACGGCACGACAUUAUUCGCUUGGGAGGCAUCUUCACAUUCCAUAAAGUCUCACCUCGAUCGAUAGAUACCACUUGUCUCGAUCCAUGGGGAGCCAUCAUCUCAGCACAAAAAAAAAAAGAGAGAAAAAAGGACGGCAUGAAGCGCGUAGACGUUCAUGACUGGAAACAAAGAACAACCAGUCGACGGUAAUAAACCGGACGGCAUGCAUCUGAAACAUGGUGCUCGGGGGCGCAGCAAGCAUUAAACAUUAUGUCUUGCGCGUUCAGGGAACAACCAGUCGACGGUAACAAACCGGACGGCAUGCAUCUGAAACAUGGUGCUCGGGGGCGCAGCAAGCAUUAAACAUUAUGUCUUGCGCGUUCAGGGAACAACCAGUCGACGGUAACAAACCGGACGGCAUGCAUCUGAAACAUGGUGCUCGGGGGCGCAGCAAGCAUUAAACAUUGAUGACUUGCGCGUUCAGGGAACAACCAGUCGACGGUAACAAACCGGACGGCAUGCAUCUGAAACAUGGUGCUCGGGGGGCGCAGCAAGCAUUAAACAUUGAUGACUUGCGCGUUCAGGGAACAACCAGUCGACGGUAACAAACCGGACGGCAUGCAUCUGAAACAUGGUGCUCGGGGGGGCAGCAAGCAUUAAACAUUGAUGACUUGCGCGUUCAGGGAACAACCAGUCGACGGUAACAAACCGGACGGCAUGCAUCUGAAACAUGGUGCUCGGGGGCGCAGCAAGCAUUAAACAUUAUGUCUUGCGCGUUCAGGGAACAACCAGUCGACGGUAACAAACCGGACGACAUGCAUCUGAAACAUGGUGCUCGGGGGCGCAGCAAGCAUUAAACAUUGAUGACUUGCGCGUUCAGGGAACAACCAGUCGACGGUAACAAACCGGACGGCAUGCAUCUGAAACAUGGUGCUCGGGGGCGCAGCAAGCAUUAAACAUUGAUGACUUGCGCGUUCAGGGAACAACCAGUCGACGGUAACAAACCGGACGGCAUGCAUCUGAAACAUGGUGCUCGGGGGCGCAGCGAGCAUUAAACAUUGAUGACUUGCGCGUUCAGGGAACAACUAGUCGACGGUAACAAACCGGACGGCAUGCAUCUGAAACAUGGUGCUCGGGGGCACAGCAAGCAUUAAACAUUAUGUCUUGCGCGUUCAGGAAACAAAGAACAACCGACAGAAAUUAACCGAACGGCUUGCACCUCAAUUUUGGUGCUGACCUGUGGCAUAUGAAAAACAAACCGUCGUGUCUGGCUCUCGGUUUGGCUCGUCCAUCCUUAAUCUGGGGUGACGACCGCCGCUUUUAUACAGCACGAACGGGCUCCACAGCACCGUCGUGCCUGGCUCUCGGUUUGGCUCGUCCAUCCUUAAUCUGGGAUGACGACCGCCGCUUUUAUGCAGCACGAACGGGCUCCAAAGCACCGUCGUGUCGGACUCUCCGUCGAGCUCGUCCAUCCUUGAUCUAGGAUGGCGACCGGCGCUUAUAUGCAGCAUGAACGGGCUCCGCAGCACCGUCAUGCCUGGCUCUUGGUUAGGCUCGUCCAUCCUUAAUCUAGGAUGACAACCGCCGUUUUUAUGCAGCAUGAACGGCUGGCUCUACAGCGCCGUCGUGCCUUCUUCUCGGUCAGGUCCACCCAUGCCAUUCAGGUCGGGACCGCCGUCUUAUGCAGCACGAGCGGCUGGCUCUUUAGCGCCGACGUGCCUAGUGCGGGAUUGCACCUCACUUAUGGCUCAUGCAUGCCUUGCGUCCGAGAUUAUUCCAAGACUCUGAUUCAGGGAAGGCAGGGAAGGACGUGAGCAAGAGUAUACUUUCUCGAGCAGAUUCACAGGCUCACUACUCAAGAAACUGGGGGACUUGUGUUGGGUAUAUUACCCCGGCCCACUACUGUUCAGAGGCCCAAAGCCUCACCCCGAUACGGAACCCAAUUGGCGAGGCCCAUUUGGGUUCGCCGGCCCAUUUAGGCCCGUUUCGGCCCAUUAGGGCCUUUUCGGCCCGUUAGACUAGAGGGUUUCCCCUCCCCCUUCUAUAAAUAGGAGGCCAAGCCUCCUGAUUAAGGGAUCUCUCUUUUUGGAGCUCUCUCCUCCCUCCCUGCUUAUUUUUCCUUCUUGAUAGAUUAGUUCAUACCUCCAUUAAUGGAGCUCUACCUUUAUACUAUGUAAAUGAGUGAUGGGAGGAUAUUAAUGAGAAAGAGCGGGCUUGGACGUUAGCCUAAAAAGUCCCGUGGUUUUCUCCCUUUCCGGGUUUCCACGUAAAAAUAGCUAGUUCAUACACUUUUAUAUAUUUAUUCACUUUUAUACCGAAUCCAUCGUCCUUAAUAUCCGAAGUUUAUGUUGGGCUUCCGGAUCUACGGGACAAAACCUCAACAGCAAGUAAAAUCAUCUAAAAUAUUGAUUUAUAUUUGUAGCGAUCUCAAUAUAUAGUUGUUCAUUUAUAUUUAGGCUUAUCAAAUACUCCGUACUACGACGUAUAACUUCUUUACAAUUUGGACUGUAAUUUUCCCCAGACCAGACUUGGAUAGUUAUAAAAUACAAAGAAACCAGACCUUAUCAGACCAGACCAGUUCAGACCAGACCAGACCAGAUCAGUCUAGACCAGAUCAGACCAGCAAAUUACAGUCCAAGUAAAAACAUCGUUAAUUUGUUUGAAUUUUACUCAAGAAUCACGAUAGAAAUUAUACUAACGGUUAAUGCAUUCACCUACCCCAAAAAACAUUUUAAACUUGGUAAUAUAUAUAGAAUCAUUGCAAAUAAUGAUUCAAUUCGUAUCUUAAAAUGUUUUUGUUCACUGACAACUUAAUGGUGUGUUGCAUUUGAUAACUUAAUUUAUCAAUUUUUUUGUCAAAAUUUUACUGUAACAUAGUCAACAUAGAAAUUUUAAUUUAAUUUAUAUCCUCAUUUUUCAGUCAUAGCCGAUCUGAACAUGAUUACGCAGAAUUGUUUCCUCAAGCGAGAGAGAUAUUAGUGGCUCUAUAUGAAAUGGGAGUUGGCGUUGCUAUUGCCUCAAGAACACCCACUCCAAACAUAGCUCGUGUUUUCUUACUUAAGCUAGGUUUAGGAUCAAUAUUUAUUGCAAAGGUAGUAUAUAUCUAAUAUACCCCCUUCACAUUAAAUUAUUUAUAUUUAAUUGAUUUAUAUAUCUAUGAUUUUGAUGUGUAUAUAUAUGGUUGUUAAUUUUUUAUUAUGAUGAUUAGGAAAUGUUUCCAAGUAGGUCACCCAAAACAGAACAUUUUGAAAGGAUCCAUAGAAGAACAAUGGUGCCUUAGGGCAUCCUCAUUGGAAGGAUUAUUAAGAGAUUAAAUUGAUGACAUGGCGGAUUUUUUGGAGGAGUAUCAUUGAGAGACAUUGAUUAUUUAAUGAGAUUAUUUGCUAGAAUAAUCCGGGAUCAAAAUAUGAAUCCGGAUUAUUUUAAGAUUAUUUGAAAAGUAUAUGUAAUACGUUAAUGCAUGGCUGAGAAAAAAGCGGAUUAUUUGAAGAUGAUGGUUGAGAUGCAUAAACGGAUUUUGAGAUUAAUUAAAAAUUAAUUAUGUAACAAUAUUUAAAAGGUAAGAAUCAUAGAAUAUAUUGAUUUUUAGAGAUUAGGAAUGGUGAUGCUCUUAUAAUCAAAUGUUGUUUUUCGACGAUGAGAAAAGGAACAUUGAUGCGGUAAGUCCGAUCCACUGCUUAGCUAUAAGUGUAAUAUAUUUCUCGUUAACUUAAUUUUUUUUUAAUUUUCAUCAAGUUCACAAAUUUAUUCUAAUCUUUAUCUUUUACUCCGGUUUUUAAUAAACUUCACACUUUCCUUUUUGGGACGGUCUAAAAUAAACUUCACACUUCCUUGUUUCCUUUUUUGGCAAAGAAAUCUAUAUCAAAAUAGUGCCAAACAGUGCCAAACAGCGUCUCAAUAGUGCCAAACAGUGUCUCAACAGUGCCAAACAGUGCCUCAACAGUGUACUCUACAGUAAAGUCAAAUUUCUUUCCUUAUUUUGAGUGAAGUCAAAGUGUGAAGAUUAAAUAAAACCGGAGGGAGUAUUAAACAGACUCAAAUUUCAUCUUUUUACGUUAGAAAAGUUGUGUCAAAUUAUCACUUAUCGGUAUCAAUAAUGUUUAUAUAUUUCAAUAUUUGUAUCUAAUUAAAUAAUACCUAUUCCGUAGUAACCAGUCAUUUACCUUUUGUAUAAUUUUAGCGAUAACUAAAAUAAAACGAAAAAGUCAAUUAGGUCUACUUUAAAAAAAAUCAAUCAAAUCCCGAACUUUGUAAAAACGUUCAAUUGUGUCCAUUUGCAGGUUACUUACCGUGUCAGCAGAUCAUUUGAUGACGUGACGCACACGUGGACCGCCACGUGUGCACCGUGCCAUCAUCAAAUGGGUGAUUGGACUUCCACAUGUGUGUCACGUCAUCAAAGUCACUGCUGAUUGGACUGUCACGUGUGUGCCAGUCAGUGGAUGAAGUACUGACAUGACAAGUAACCUGCAAAUGCACACAAUUGAAUGUAUAGUUGAUUUAUUUAGCUAAUAAUCUAAAAUGUAAUCAUUAUUUUAAUUUAGGCAUCUCAAAUGGGAGUGACAAGCGUGUUGGUAACCGAUGGCAUAAAUCUUAAAGCUCUAUAUGAAGGAGUCUCAGCAUUCCAUCAACGCCAUAUUCUACCUCCACAACAUGCAUUUAUGAUACCCCAUCACCAUCCUAGCCGAAUCGCGCCUCCCGCCCAACCUCAACUUCAUGGGUAUUGCAACAUGCCACAUAUUGUGCAACCUCGCCCAGAAGGAUGUUGCAACAUUCCAUGCAUGCAUUUCAAAAUGAUGUCAUUAUGUCGCUAUCGUCACCAUCACCGUCACCAUAACAAUCGCCAUAGGCACAUUUAGCCAUGUUUCAAGUUGACUUGUUCUGGUAAUACUUUAUUUAAUUACAUAAUAUUAACCAUAUUAUCAUGGUUCUUUCUAAUUUUUUCAUACAAGUGAUCAAGAUUAUGUUAUAAACAAAGAUCUUGUAUUUAUGUUUUGUUCUAAUUCACUCAUACAUGACACGUAGAGACGACGUAGAGUGGGGUUUGCUUAUGAUCAUCAAACUAAUUAACUU